AUGUCUAAAGCAGAUGCUGGUAGACUCAUCCAUAUUGCUAAGAAACGCGAAAGAGCCAAAGAAGCGAUAGAACAGCAACGAAAAAAAAUUGAGGAAGAGAAAUAUAACCUUAAAAGCGACAUACAUACAAAAUUCACUGCAAACUAUGAUGCCGUUGAUGAAUCGCAUAAGGCUAACACAGUUGGACUUGUUACACUCGAUGAAAUGAGAGAGAAGCAGAAAGAUUUGGAGACGAGGUAUUCCUUCGGAACCGGAGAAAGUAGUUCCGGUACAGCUGUUAAAGAAGAAGAAGGACUAAUGGAGGAAUUUAAAACAAAUCAGGCAAGUGAAAGUUUGGGGCAGUUGCAAAAACGUGUACUUUCAUUUGAAUUUGGCGAUGAUGAGGAUGAAGAACCGGUAGUCCCACAAAAAAAGCGGCUAGGUAUGGACCCAACAGUUGAAACCUCUUUCCUACCGGAUCGUGAUCGUGAGAAAGAAGUGGAAAAAAUGAAAGAAGAUUUGGCGAAGGAAUGGAAGGCACUACAAGAGAAAGAGAAGAAUGAGGAGAUAAAUGUUGCUUAUGCGUACUGGGACGGCUCUAGCCAUCGCAAAGAUUUGAAAAUGAAAAAAGGAAACACGAUUUCACAAUUUCUCGCUCGUGCACUUGAGAUUUUAAAGAGAGAGUUCAGCGAGCUCAGACCAGCGGUUCCAGAAAGCUUGAUGUUUGUGAAAGAAGAUCUCAUCAUACCUCACUUCUACACAUUCCAAGACUUUAUUGUUACUCGGGCUAUGGGAAAAACUGGUCCGUUAUACGAGUUCGAUGCAGCAGGAGAAAUCAGAUUACGUCAAGACGCUGCUAUUGACUGCGGGGAAUCUCAUCCAGCAAAAGUAGUAUUAAGAAGUUGGUACGAGAAGAACAAGCAUAUAUAUCCAGCCUCCCGAUGGGAGGCCUUCAUCCCUAAUAAAGAAUACCGACGAACUAUAGACGACCUCACUACAAUAUAA